CAAAAUAAUGCAUCGGGGAUAAUCGACGCGCCUUCGGCAACGUUGGAAUGAAUGUUUCAACUGACAAAUUCCACUCGCGUUCUUUUCUUUCAUCUCAAUUAGUUGGAGAGGUUUCAGAACUGUGUGUUUCCGGGUGAAAUCUCGGCCCCGAAGUUUCAUGCCGAAGAUAUGAAGAUAGGGGAAGCAAAGCCGGCUGAGCACUAGGCGACUGCAAGAACAGUGUAGGCUACGCAGGGAGGGGGAGAGACGGAACGGGAGGGAUAGAAGAAAAAGAACGAACAGCACCCGAACUGUGCGUGGUUCACCUUCUGAAAAACAGGAAGCCAACGCCGAUCAACCCACCUGGCCGCAUUGUCCUGCGGGGAGAAGACAGCGGUUUCUCACGGCUCAUCUGUCACGCAUAUUUUAAAGCCUAAAUAUCGUUAUUGUGGAUUCAAUCGAGAGAAAAACUACUAUACCUAUUUCCUCACUAGGACGGUCGAUAUUCUCCUAUUCCCAACAGGAGUGUAACUCAAGAUGCAGUGUCCCUCCACCUCCCCAGACGCCACCAGCAUGGAGGAGAGCCACAGGGAAUAAAAGCCUCCAGGAGACCGCAGGUCCUUAUGGUUGAGCUGGGUGUUGGUCCCUGCGAUGCCUCCCGCCAUGACAGACGACCUGGACUUGUGGGCGGCCCACUCCCAGCUGUCUGGAGAGGACCUGGUCACUGUGGACUUCCUGUUACCCACCGGCAUCUACAUCCAGAUGGACGUCCCCAGAGAGGCCACCAUACAACACAUCAAACUGCUCCUAUGGAAGCAAGCCCAGUCAUAUCCCCUGUUCCCGUCUCUGGGGGAGAUGGAGGGCCACAUGUUUGAGUGUGUGAACCAGGCAGCGGUGCACGAGGAGCUGGAGGAUGAGACCAGACGCCUCUGUGAUGUUAGGCCCUUCUGUCCCAUGCUCAAACUGGUCACACGCAACUGUGGCCGCGCGGAACGCUUGCUCGACUCCAAGAUCGGUGUGCUCAUCGGAAAAGGUCUCCACGAGCUGGACGCUCUUCAGGACCAGGAGGUGAAGGACUUCCGCAGUAAGAUGUUCCGUAUCAGCGAGGAGAAGAUGCAGCGGGUACAGCUGAUGACCUGGAGCGAGUGGCUGCAGGCCUGCUUCUCUCCGCAGCUGGAGCCAGGGGGAGGAGCCACAACCGACACAGACGGUGUCAAUGACAAACAGGCCGAGGCCAGCCUCAAAGUCACCAUGCACUUCGACCAGUCCCAGGACACAGCCAGUCUGAAGGUGUGGCCCAGCACCAGUCCCAGUGAGCUGAUGGAACAGGCAUUGAGGAAAUGGCUAACGACCCACGGCCCCGAGGAGGAGGGACGCCAGGCCGAGCAGUAUGUUCUGAGGGUCAGCGAUAAGCUGGAGUUCCUCUGUGGAGACCACCCCCUCAUACAGUACAAGUACAUCAAAGCCUGUCUCCAGGCGAAGGAGUGUCCCCACCUGACCCUAGUCCAGGUCAGCACAGUCCAGGCCAUGUUCGAGAAGGAGAUCUCGGCCAUCGGAGCUGUGGUCAACCGAAAGAGCUCCAACCCCCCCUUACCCCUGCCCCCCAAGAGGAGGGGACCCUCGCAAGUGAAUACGUGUGUAUGGGAGGUGUCCACCCAGUUUAAGAUCGUCCUAAUCAAAGGCAGCAAGGUGAACGCUGAGGAGACCGCCAAGGUUCAGGUGCGUGCAGGCUUGUUCCACGGCACAGAGUUGUUAUGCAAGCCGGCGGUGAGCAGCGAGAGCAGUGGACGCUCAGAACACGUGUGGAACCGCACGCUAGAGUUCGACAUCACUGUGAGCGACCUGCCGCGCAUGGCCCGCCUCUGCUUCGCCGUCUAUGCCGUCAUGGACAAGGUCAAGAAGCAGAAGUCCACCAAGAACGCCCACAUCAACAAGUACCAGACCAUCCGCAAAGCCGGCAAAGUGCACUACCCUGUAGCCUGGGUGAACACCAUGGUGUUUGACUAUAAAGGACAGCUGAAGACUGGAGAUAUCAUCCUUCACAGCUGGUCUUCCUUUCCUGAUGAACUUGAAGAGAUGCUGAACCCCAUAGGAACCAUCCAGACCAACCCGUACACUGAGAAUUCUACAGCACUCCACAUCCACCUCCCUGACUACAACCCUCACCCCAUCCUAUUCCCCCCCUUCGACAAGAUUCUGGAGAAAGCUGCAGAAAUCGCUGGGUCAAGCGAUUGCUCGACCAUGGGCCGAGGCGGUAAGAAGUUCCACAUUGAGCUGAAGGAGAUCAUGGAGAGGGACCCUCUGUCCCAGCUGUGUGAGAACGAAAAGGACCUCAUCUGGACACUACGCUACGACUGCAUGGAGAACUUCCCCCAGUCACUGCCCAAACUGCUGCUCUCCGUCAAGUGGAGCAAACAUGAGGACAUGGCCCAGCUCCAGGCCUUGCUGCAGAUCUGGCCCAAGCUGAGUCCCAGGGAUGCUCUGGAGCUGCUCGACUUUAACUACCCAGACCAGUAUGUCAGAGAGUACGCUGUGGGCUGCCUGAGGGAUAUGAGUGAUGAGGAGUUGUCUCAGUACCUGCUCCAGCUGGUCCAGGUGUUACGUUAUGAACCCUACUAUGACUGUGCGCUCACCCGCUUCCUGCUGAACAGAGCCCAGUGCAACCGCAACAUAGGACACUUCCUCUUCUGGCAUCUCAGGUCAGAGAUGCACAUGCCAGCCGUCUCUGUCCAGUUCUCUCUCAUCCUCGAGGCCUACUGUCGCGGCAGCAUCCCUCACAUUGAGGUCCUGAAGAAACAGGUGGAGGCUCUGAGCAAACUGAAGUCUGUGAACGAGCUGAUCAAGCUGGGCACCAUCAAGAACGCACGCAGUAAGACCAAGGAGGCCAUGCUCACCAAAGAGGCCAUGAUGACUUGUCUGAGACAGAGUGGCUACACAGAGACCCUCUCUGACCUGCACUCCCCUCUGAACCCCAGUGUCCUGCUCUCUGGAAUCAAUGUGGAAAAGUGUCGGUACAUGGACUCGAAGAUGAAGCCUCUGUGGAUCGUCUACAACAACAAGCUGCUGGGGGGAGACACCCUGGGAAUCAUCUUCAAGAACGGAGACGACCUGAGACAAGACAUGUUGACACUACAGAUCUUGAGGUUGAUGGACCUGCUAUGGAAGGAGGCCAAUCUGGACCUCAGAAUUGUACCGUACGGUUGCCUAGCAACUGGGGACCGGUCAGGGCUGAUCGAGGUGGUGUCGUCGGCGGAUACCAUCGCCAACAUCCAGCUGACCAGCAGCAACGUUGCAGCCGCCGCAGCCUUCAACAAGGAUGCACUACUUAACUGGCUCAAAGAGAAGAACUCUGGAGAUGCUCUGGAGAAGGCGAUCGAGGAGUUCACCCUGUCAUGUGCAGGCUACUGCGUGGCCACCUACGUCCUGGGGAUCGGUGACCGUCACAGUGACAACAUCAUGGUCCGCAGCACUGGACAGCUCUUCCACAUAGACUUUGGGCAUAUCCUGGGGAACUUCAAGUCCAAGUUUGGCAUCAAGAGGGAACGCGUCCCCUUCAUCCUGACCCAUGACUUCAUCCACGUCAUCCAACAGGGAAAGACAGGCAACACUGAGAAGUUUGGCAGUUUCCGUAAUUACUGUGAACAAGCCUACCUGAUUCUGAGGCGGAAUGGGAACCUCUUCAUCACCCUGUUUGCCCUCAUGCUGACUGCUGGACUGCCCGAGCUCACCUCCGUCAAGGAUAUACAGUACCUAAAGGACUCUCUGGCCCUGGGGAAGACCGACGACGAGGCACUGAAACACUUCCGCCAGAAGUUUGACGAGGCGCUGAGAGAGAGCUGGACCACCAAAGUCAACUGGAUGGCCCACAACGUGGUCAAAGACAACCGCUCCUAGAACAGACAGUCGCACAUCCUGGAGCUGGAGGGUGAAAGGUUAAAGGUCAGGAGGGUCUGAGGUCUAUCCAGUGCUGGGACAACAGUGACAGUGGAAGGUUAUGUGUUGCUAAGGGGUGAAGACCAGACAGGACUGGGCCUUAAAGAAGGGAAUCUAGAAGACCAUCUUAAACACACAUGCUCUUAUAGGCUUAAACCCCCCUUCCUUUGCCUUUCCUCUGGCUUUUGAAGCUGCUGUGUGCCUCCAGCUAGUCCAGCAGUCCCAUUGCCUCUCCCUAAUCAUGUGACAUAUUUGUGGGUAAUGUGGUUGCGAGUUUUGCACUGCUCAGUGAGAGUCAGAGCCCCCUUUCUGAGUUGUGAAUGGACUGCCCCCUUAGAGACUGGACUAGACUGAACCAAUGAGGAAGGAAGGGGACGGUGGUUUCACCCACCUAUUAGCAAGACUUCUGAUCUGCCUUGUGUUGAACUAAAGGGAGAGGUCCACACCCACUCAAGGCCUCACACCCGUGUCUUAAAACGACGUCAAAACGUGCACAUAGCCAGAGGAAGUGCAUUUUAUUGGACUUUUCCUCGCGAGGCCUCCAGUUCAUCUCGAAAGUAUGCCUAAAAACUGCGAGAAGAUUGUAUUUGUUUAGUUUUUUAAAUGUUUUUUUUUUAUUGCCAUUUUAAGAUGUUAUUCUUUAGGAGAUGUAUAUGUGCCAGACGACUUUUUAUUUAUAUAUAUAUAUAUAUAUAUAUUACACACACAGAGAGAGAGACACGCUGCAUGGCCAAAGUUUUCUGGAUGCAUCUUCCCGAUAGAUAAACAAUAACUUUCAACACGCCGCUGCCGCUUUCCCCUCCUAGUAGCUAGCUAUUUCCCUCACUAACGUUAGCACAACUUUGGAAAAGCAGUGCUCAACAAGCUGGGGCAAAGGACACCGUGUCCCGAGGUUGGGAAACACAGAUUUGCCGUGCAUGCUCUCCACACUGAAUAGACUCUCCCAGUGACAUCCAGAUGGUUACCAAUAUUAUAGUAUUUCUCAUGAAGGCUGUUAUCCUACUUGGAGUAAAACAAACUGUAGGAAAACAUUUGAUGAGUUAACAUUGAUUUGGUGGUUUAGCUCUAGAGAAGAGGCGUCCAGUGGGGCAGUUCAAUUCGGUCACGCAGCUUCAGCCUUUGAGAAAUGGGGUGAAUUAGACCAUCAAAUACUGGAACCAUUUGAAAUACGAGGAAGAGAGAGCUUAAAAUGUUUCUAGAACUUAAUUUUGUGUUCCUGCUUUGGAAUGUGGGUGUAACAUUCCUGUGUUCCAUUUUAUCAAAUGAUGGUUGUUGUUGGACAAACAGAACAGGCACAAAGGAUGAGUCAUCACCACACUACCCCAUGGAGGUAUUAUCACGACCCCAUGGAGGUAUUAUCACGACCCCAUGGAGAUUCUGUCUUAGACAUAGACUUGCCUACAGAUGUCAGAUCUAGUCUUUCAAAGCACCAAACUGCUCACAUGACAACAACCACAAUGAAUAAACAAAGCAUGUUACUAAAAUGCCUUUUAGGAACAAAACAAAGAAAACCUUAAGUUGAUUUAGGUUUGUUUUUACUGUGUUUUAAAGAAUCUGUUCAGAAAUGGAAUGUUUGUGUGCAAAAUGUGUCGCUUUCUUUUUCAGUGUAUUUGUUUUUUAGAUCAGCCAAAUUGGGUGGAGUUAAGACCUAUGGAAGGGGUUUGCCAGCAGAGGGCGUAACACUGCGAUUCAAAGCUACUUCCUGGUUUUGUCAUGAGGUGCUCUCUGUUUUGAUUUUGUGCAAUAUCCGUAUAGGAGUCUACAUGUAUAUUAUGUAAAUGAACCCUUGGGCCCUAAUGCCUGAGGCUAUAAUGGUUGUCACUGUGGGUCAAUGUGUAUUGCUGCUGUAUUUCUCACCGCUAGCCUUCUUAAGUCUCUCAGACACUGAAUAUUGUCAAAUGUACAGCCUUUUAUUGUUUUGCUGUUUUUCGUUUUCGUAUGAGUUUUAUUAAAGUUAUUUUCCAUCUAA